AGAUUGACUGUGGCCACCCUCCUGAAGUGCAGAAUGCCAUUUUUGUGGGGAAUCACAGCUCCAGCCUGGGUAGUGUGGCUCAUUAUGUCUGUCGAGAGGGCUUUGAAAGUCCUGGAGGAAAGAUCACUUCUGUUUGCACAGAGAAAGGGACCUGGAGAAGAAGUACGUUAGCAUGCACAGAAACAGUGACGGAAAUUAAUGAUGUAUCAGUGUUCAAUAACACCUGUAUGAGGUGGCAAAUUAGCUCAGGAAGAAUAGACUCUAAGAUUGAAUAUGUGAUAUACAUAAAAGGAAAACGGUUGGCCCCUGUGGAGUCAGUUCAUGAAGAGACUAUCAACUUGACCACAGACAGCAGGACCCCACAAGUGUGCCUCGACUUGCAUCCAGGCACCAACUACACCGUGAGCAUUUCCACAGCCCCUCCCAGGCGCUCUGUGCCCGCCAUGCUUGGUUUCCAGACAUCUGAAGAUGAGCUCUUAGAAGAUGAUGGAAUUUUCAAUGUUUCAAUAUUGAAUGAAACUUGUUUGAAAUUGGAAAGUCAUUCUAGGAAGGCUGGAUCAGAACAAACGUACCAAUUUCAAGUUCUGGGUCAAAGAUGGUAUCUCGAUAACUUUCAUCAUGCAAUUGCAUUUAACUUGACAACGACAGAACGAGCUGUGGAAGUGUGUUUGGAUCUGUACCCAGCCACCCAUUAUUCAGUGAAUGUCACCCUACGGGGACCUCCUGAGCAGCACUCAGUGCAAAUAACCAUGACAACUGCGCCAACAG